AUGGCCAGUACAAACAGCCCGAGGUACACCAGGCAGGCGAUUGCGGUGCUGAGCGUGUUAGUCGGCGUGGGACUGGCGAUCGGACCGCAGACACGUGCCACACCACCAGCGACAGCACCAGUGAGAUCAGCGACGAGCGUGUGCACGCCGUUGCUGGCGGACAUUUAUGCACUGAACGAGCAGGGCUACAACGACCAUUCUGACAGCGCACGAAAUGCCACGGCCGUGGAGUUGGCCAAGCGAUUCUCCAGCAACGCAUCGAUUGCGGCACCCGCGUGGUUAACACCUCGCUAUCAAGGCACAGCUGGUGUCGUGGCCUUCUUCAACACGCUUUUCGCACCAACGCCUGGGUGCGGGCACUCGGCUUCGUUCCAAGUGGGCCCCGCGAUCGCAGCACGGGCCAUCAACCUGCCACCCAACGUCACCAACGCGGCGCCCACCGCCAGUCCCAUCUACUGCGAGGCACAAAUAGCCGUCAGCGUCACGCUAUUCGGUACCAACACCUCGAUAGGCCAGGGCUGCACGGCUGCCUGGCAGCAGGCGGACACAUACGUAGUCGACGGUGCCGGCCAAUACAUCACAUCCUUGGAUAGCAUAUUCGACGAGGUAGACGUGGCUGAGCAGUUUGCCAGCUGCACCCUCUCCAUCUGCAUGGCUUAA